CUUUUACCAACUGUGAAAUUACGUUAUCGUGGUCGUUUCUUUUGUCGAAAAUAUUUUUUUUAAUUUAACAAUUGGUGAUGCUGUUAGGACAACAAUGGCGACCAUGGUGGAGGAUGAAAAUUCGGUUGAUAUGAAUGAGGAUAAAAAACUGCCAUUUAAUCAAGUUUCCUACAAUUGGGUAGAUAUUACCCAAGAGUUCUUCGAAGCUAUUACAGAAUUGGAACUGGGAGAACUUUUACACAAUGAGUUCUUUGGUCUUUUUGAAGCUAUGUCAGCCAUUGAGAUGAUGGAUCCUAAAAUGGAUGCAGGAAUGUUGUGCAAUCGAGGGAAUAGCAAGCCUUGUACUUUCAUACAGGCUGUAGAAACUGGUGCUAUUAAAUUAGAUAAUUUAAUACCUGCAGAAGUUAUUGGAAUUAUAGAUUCUACGUAUUCUUGCAUAGUGUCUUGGUUGGAAGGACAUAGCUUAGCACAAACAGUUUUUACUAAUUUAUAUUUACAUCAGCCUUCAAUGAUAAUGGAUAAACCAUUAAAGACGUUCUGCUAUGCUGUGUAUAAAAUUAUCGAAGUGAUCAAGGACUGCAUUAAUAAAGCUUUAGUUUUUGAGGAAGAAGAUUUUCAAAGUCUUACCUAUGGAUACAGAUUACAACAGGAUAUUACAGAACAAAAAACAAUAUCUAUGUUGCGAGAAGUAGAAGAAGAACUUCAUAAAAAAAGUAGAAUAAAACCGGUUGACGUUGAAUCGGAAAAAGAGUACAAUGAUGGUUUAGCACUUUAUGCAAGAAUUAGAUUUACAAAGAUGUUUUAUCAAACAUUAUCAUUGAUGGGACGCAAGGAACAGUUACAACAAAAUUUAGUAGAUUGUCAAAGAUUAUUAUCAAAUUGUUCUGAUAUGAUUCAAGUUAUGAUCAAGACGGUGAAUCGCGGGGAAAAAGCUGACGAAGUUUCCGAUCAUCCGAAUAUAAUGGGUUUUGAUGCUAUGGUAAAUCAGAGAUUAUUACCUCCUACCUUUCCACGUUAUACUAAAAUAAAGCCGCGGGUCGAGGCUCUAGAAUAUCUAGAUGAAUUGUUAAAUAGAUUUAAAACUGUUACUAAAAUCACUAAUUAUACUGGAUUUCAUGCAGCACUGGACUUUUUUUUAGAAUUUUCACGGCAAAGUCCAUGUAUAUUAUCUCGAUCAAUGUUACAAAUAGUUUAUCUGCCAACGACAAAUCGUGUAUUUGGCGUACACAACUUUGCUGAUGUCUUGAAAGAUGCCGCACGAAAUUUUAUUGCACCACCGGUACUAAUGCCUAAAAGUACAUUACUUCAAAAUCAUCAGGCCAAGGAAUAUGUUGAUAGUUUUUUUUCACGCUGUGUUACUUUGUUUGGAAGUUUAUUACAAUUAACUGGACAUAACAGGGCAAGACAAAGAGAUAAGUUAGCACAUUUAUUAGAAGAUUUUGCAACCUUACAGGAUAAGGCUGAAAGAGUAGAUGGGUACUUACACACUUUAAAGAGUGACAUACCAAGGUCACAUUGGGCUUGUUUUGGCACUUGGAUCUUGUAUCAUAUGUUACGCGUAAUGAUUAUGUAUCUCUUAAGUGGUUUUGAACUCGAAUUGUACUCUGUACAUGAAUAUCAUUAUAUAUUUUGGUACCUGCACGAAUUUUUAUAUGCGUGGUUAGUAUCUGCCAUUACAAGGGCAGAUACCUUCUUAACUGAACAAGAUGUACAUAAUGAUACACACAAAGGUAGGGGUGGUAAAAAGAGUGCCAAAAAUAAAAAGAAGAAAUCAACACCAAGACCUCAUCACUUAGAAAUUCUGAUGUAUCAAGCAAUGCAAAAUAUUUGUGGCGGGUACUACAAAGCAUUGGUUGGAUUUCGAAUGGAUGGAAAAAUUCCUCUUCCAGAAACGCAAUUUGACUCUGAAAGAGUAAGAUAUGAACAUAGGUUACUGCCAUUCUCUUCUCUUCUUACUCCUCCACCCGUUCAUUAUCAAGAAUUCUCAGAAAUGACCAAUGCUCAAAUGUAUAAGAAGAAUGAAAAAGUCACAAGUGCGACACAAUAUCUGGCAGGUUGUUGGCACUUUCAUAGAGCUAGAAAUAUGUUAGAACGUGCAUUAUCACUUUGUCCGGCAAAUAUUAAUACCGUGAACGAGAUCAACGAUCUAUUAAAAGUGGCAAAGACUAAUUUUGUGGUUCUAAAAUUAUUAGCUGACGGACAUAAAAAGGAUUCGAAAAAGCCGCCAGUAUUCGAUUUCUCUUGUCAUCAACAUUUUCCUUUGAUUAAGCUUAUCUAAAUUAUAUAUCUGUAAUAGUCCCAUUUUACUGUAUAAGUGAAUAUGUUAUUUAUUUUAGUUUACAUUAAAUUUUGAAAAUACUUUCGCGCGUUAUGCUUCGAAAUAUUUCAAAUUUUAUUUGGCAUAAUCGCAAAAGAAAUUUUUUUUUUUUUUUUUUUUUUUUUUUUUUUUUUUUUUUUUUAAAGAAAAAGAAAAAAAAAGAAAAAGAAAAGAAAGCUAAAACGAAUGUGUUCUAUUUGAAUUAUGUAAUGUUCUACAGUCUAUAUAUACAAUUAUAUACAUUUUCUGACAUAAAAAUUUUUUGUAUAAACUUUUACGCUAAUAAGAAAUGAUAUUUGUACAUAAGUUACGACAAAUCUCGUAUGUGUUAGGGGAGAAUCAAUGUACGUCGCGUGCGAACGAAUGUGUCUAUAUAUAUUAAAUAAUGUUUGUAAGAGUUACAAGCCAAUGUGAAAUGUACAUAUUAUGAUAUGUAGAAUUCAUAGUAUAAUGUAGAUAGUGCGAUAAUGUUAUAUAUACAUAUUAAAUAAUAUAGGAUAUAUCUAGUUAUGGCUUGUAGCAGUGAUAGACGAGGAGUUCUGAGAAAAAAAUUCAUUUUAAAAAGAAAAUAGUUGAAAAAGAAAAAAACGUCUUUCGUUGUAAACUUCAGAAUUGAUCUUUUUUUUUUUGCGUAUAAUGUCAAUGAUAUAAAUGUAUGUUAUCAAAUUUUCUUGUUACUUGUCACGAUAAUACGAUCUGCUUGGAAUACAGAAUAUUUUUUAA